UCAGAGACGCAGGAGUUUGUCUGUGGUACCCAUUUGGAGACUGAAAACAUUCACGGAUAACUAAUUGCGUCCAUUUACCAGCCGACUUUGCGUUCAGAGGUUAUCCCGUCAUAGGUUCACAGGGGAAGAGGUUGAUAUCAUGAUGUCAAAGACAGAGUUUUGCUGUGUCAGUCUCUAAAGUCAGCCACAGGAGAAACGUUUGGUGUUCAGUGUUUGAUUAUGCUUCCAUUUAUCUGUCGUGGGAUAUGGAGAGCAACCGUCCACACACGUAGGAUAAGCAGAGGAACCCCACCAUGCAGACUCCUGUCCACCUGUGAUGAAGCCACAGGCCCACUGGCUGAUGCUGAGACCAUCUACGCGUUGUCAUCAGGUCAUGGCAGGUGUGGGGUGGCAGUGAUACGAGUCAGUGGUCCAGCAUCAACCACAGCUCUGAGGCACAUGGCCGGGUUCACACGCAGCCUGCCUCCACCACGCACUGCCCUGUUACGCAGCAUCACAGACCCACAAGUCAAAGAAGUGCUGGACCGUGGACUGGUCCUCUGGUUCCCAGCUCCUCACAGUUUUACAGGAGAGGACAGUGUGGAGUUCCAUGUCCACGGUGGUCCUGCUGUCAUCACUGCUGUCUUACAGGCUCUAGGAAGCGUGCCUGGCAUGAGGCCUGCUGAAGCUGGAGAGUUCACGCGGAGGGCCUUUCAAGCAGGAAAACUGGGUUUAACAGAGGUGGAAGGACUCGGGGAUCUGAUCCACGCUGAGACAGAGGCCCAGAGGAGACAGGCUCUCAGGCAAAUGUCAGGAGAACUGGGACGUCUCUAUCAGGACUGGAGCCACAAACUGAAACGGUGUUUGGCUCAUGUUGAGGCCUUCAUCGACUUCAGUGAGGAUGAGCUCAUUGAGGAUGGGGUCUUAAACCAAGUAGACAGAUCGGUGUGCAGUUUACAAGCGGAGAUGGAGCAACACCUAAAGGAUGAGAGAAAGGGCGAGCGCCUUCGCAAUGGAGUUCAGGUGGUCAUCGCAGGAGCUACUAAUGCGGGGAAAAGUAGCCUACUGAACACACUCUGCCAGAGACCUGCUGCCAUCGUGUCUCCCAUUGCUGGGACCACCAGGGACGUAGUGGAGACAGCACUGGACAUCGGUGGCUUCCCUGUCCUCCUAAGUGACACAGCCGGCAUCAGAGACAGCCCCGACGUGGUGGAGAAAGAGGGGGUCCGCCGAGCUCGGGAAAAGGUGGAGCUGGCAGAUCUGACACUGGUGGUUGUGGACUGUGCAAACCUCCCCACUGAUGCUCAGCAGGCUGUAGCCUUCCUUCAGGGACACCUGGGGAGUGUGCUGCCCACCCAGGAGCAACCUCAGACAGACAGGUGUCUCCUGGUGCUGAAUAAGACUGACCUGCUGCCUGAAGAUCAAAGACAGAAGCUGAAUGGGGAGUUGAAACAGGUCUCUGGACUUCCUCCUGUCUGUCUGAUCUCCUGUUGCACAAAUGAAGGACUGCAAGACUUCCUCACAGUGCUGCACAACAGUGUCAAAACUCUGUGUGGCGACCCUCUGUCUGGUGCCCCCACCCUGACCCAGGCCCGCCACAGGGCCCACCUGCAGCAGUGUGUGGCGGCCCUGGCUCAGUACCAGUGGUACCGCGAGACUGACCUCGCUCUGGCAGCAGAGGGUGUCCGGUUGGCUCUCACCAGCCUGGGCCGGAUCACUGGACGGGUCGGGGCGGAGGAGAUCCUGGAUAUCAUCUUCAAAGACUUCUGCAUUGGAAAAUAGUCAGAUAAGUAGGAGUGAAAACAUUAAAUACAUGUGAUACUAGCCUGCUGGGAGAGGAAAAAAUGUCAUCUUGUGCUGUCCCAGAGUAUCAGUAAAGAAAAUGGCACAAAAGGGCACAGCCUCGGCAUUGUGCCAGGCUUCUAGGCAAAGCCAGAGUAAAAAGAAAAAAGAAUUCAUGUUCUUGGCUGCAGAAUGCAUCUGCUCCCGAGAUACAAACAUGUUUGUUUUCUGUUGUUGCUUUUUAACAGACUGAGAUAGUUUUAACGUGAUGACAGGUGCCUCAGAGGCCCCAUACGCUGGACAAGUGUUUGGCAAGUCUUGAGUCGUAAUUUAAAAAUAGAUUUCGAAACCCUUUGAUAGGUGAAUAUUGGGCUCUUGGGUUGGAACACAACAGCCAAGAUAAUUUAAAAUAAAGCCAGCUGCAGACCUCUGCAAGGUCAUGGACUCAAAGUUUGGAUGUUUACUUGUAUUGCAGGACAAAGAAGAAUUUGUUUUUGGGAGCAGGGAACAGACACCUGAAACCUGUUGGGAUAACUCGAAAUCAUUGUAUAAUUUCGAUGAGAAAUUGUAUUACUUUAAAUGCAUUAUGUGUUGUAUUAAAUGUUAUAUCUUGUUAAAAUAGUUUCACACAUAAUUAUUACAUUUCAACAUGGAUCUUGGAUGUGAAGUUAACGGGAUUAUGUGUCUUAUCUUACUACUAACUGGUACCAUUGCAACAAGCUGCAAACUCUGAGAUGCGAUCAUCUUAUAGUUGAUAUGGUAGAUUUCGUUUGUUGAUUAUUUACACAUCCAGCAGACAGGGUGCAGUAUUAGCAUUAUGUUUCUGGCCACCAGGCAAAUGGAGAGUUUUUUUCAGUAACAUAAAAUUUUACCUAUUCUUACAUUUCUUGCUACACAGUAGCUGUUGGUACAAGUUUGAGUAGGCUCUGAUUUAUUCCAUUGUAAGCUACAUUUUUGUCCAGCCUCCCCCAUAAAGCAUAACAAAAUAGACAAACAGCGUGUAGAGAAAGUCAGAGUGACCCAGGUCCCCUCUCUACUCUGUGGGAAAGGUAUGCUUUUGGAGGCAAUGCUGUCUGUGCCCUUUGUUCCCUUGUCAAUCUGGCCUUGAUCAAAUAUUUAUGUUUCCUUGUUGAACUCCUCACCCUUCUUCCCCACUUGGUUUCUUGCCUCCCAGUCUCUGACGACAGUCGCCCUGCUUUACACCAGCAAAACUGCCCAUCUCCCAGCCUUUUUGUCUCUCUCCGCUCUGUCUCCGCUGCCUGACCUUUCCUCUUUCGGCAGUGCUCUGUCAGCCUUUUUGUCCUCUUUCAUGUUCUCCCUGAUUAAUUACAACACAGGGGGACUUUAAGCUAAAAGUGGUACUUGCUGUCA